GAUGUCGUUGAUGUGUCAGUAUGACAGACUGCUGGCUAAAUAGCGAAUUAAUUCCAACAGAACUGACUGAGCAUGCUUUUACCUGAUGUAGCCUAUUAAAAAUAUCUCUGAAAUCGCAUAAGGGCUGUGACCAAAUAACCGUUAUAAUGAAUUCAGACCGGAGGGCUAAUACCUCUCGGCUUGUUGGCUAGCAUGUGUAGCACAUCCACUGCGCGGAACGGAGUGGCCUCUGUACCGUGCUGGAAGCGCUGAUCGUUACGGUAGUUGAUAACCUUUCCCAGCCUUCUGAAGACUUCCGUCGCCAGUAUUUUUAUCAAAUCUUUUUGUUUCGAUCGCGCACGUGCCAACUCGAAGGAAAUGACAGUGUCUAGUUUAGUGUCUCUUGGAGCUUGUACUUCGUCCAGGAGAAGGUGGAGAGUCGGCUGUGGUUAUAUAUUUGGGAGCUGCUGUAACAAGUUAUGGCACAAAAAGGACCUUUACACGGGAAUGAAUACUGCAGUAUCCUUUUUUAAGCGGACCCGUACGCUAGUUAGAGAACUGAGCACCUCAAUCAAAGCCCUGCAGUAUGACUUGAAGAACAUGGAUAUGGCAAAGUCUGAAAGCAGGAAUUUUUUCUUUGACACCCAUGCUGUGGUCCGCCUCCUGGAAGAGAAUGGGUUCAGCUCCCAGCAGGCCGAGGUCAUUGUCAGUGCCCUGGUGAGGAUCACUAACUCCAACAUGGAAGUCAUCUAUAAAGACAUGGUCACCAAAGCGCAGCAGGAAAUCAUGUUGCAGAGAGUGAUGUCACAAAUCGCAGCAGUAAAAAAGGAUAUGAUAAUUCUGGAGAAGAGCGAAUUCUCUGCUCUACUGACCGAGAAUGAGAAAGUCAAGAUUGAGCUAUUCCAACUGAAGAUACAAUUAGCUGAUGUGAUGAACAAAGUGCGCUCUGACAACCUCUUGGAUAUGAAUUUGGAGAAGAGCAGAGUCAAGGAAAUGAAAGCUGUGAACGAGAGGAAGCUUUUGGAAACCCGGACUGAAAUGAUGGAGAUGAAUGCUGAACAGGAACGGCAUUUGACUCAGACCAACAUGAAAAUUGACACUCAGGUGGCAGGCCUGAAAACCAUGCUGGAAUCACACAAACUUGACACUAUCAAGUACUUAGCAGGUUCGGUCUUCACCUGUCUGACAGUGGUUCUGGGGUUCUACCGAAUCUGGAUGUGAAACUGAGUGACAGAAUGGAUUACCCUUGCUAAGCGGCUCCCCGAAUCUCAGUCCACACAGAUGGGCUCUUGUUAGCUAUCAGCUUGUUCCAUUCUCCAGAAAAGGUUGAGUCACCAAAGGGCCUGUUGAGCAUUCUGGAUUUUCGUCACUAAGGCCCAUGGCAGCGGACCACUAAUACAGAGCGUUCAAAUUUGCACAGGCCCUCAGGCAACACAAUACCCGCAGUAGAAACUUCGGGUGACAGCCCGCUAGAAUAGUACAGAUAUGGUCACAGACUCCGUGUCUGAUUCAUCACUGAAAUGAAGUGACUUUUCUCCUAAAAGUCAUCUAAAAUCCUGUGUUUUUCCAUUUUAAUUGAACUAGUCUGUUACUUGUGGUUUUAAUAUACUUAACCCCUUAAGUAUAAGGGCAUAAUGUUGGUCUCUGGAGGAUCAGGAUCUAACAGUCCAAAAAUUAGGAAUAUACAGUGGCUUCAGAAAGUGUUCAGACCCCUUCACUUUUUUCACACUUUAUUGUGCCUACUCACAAUUUCUAGGUGAGAGUAUGCCUUUAAAGGGUAAUGCAACCCCAGCUUUUGCCCAGUCUCUGCCCACAGCACAAUUCAAAGGUUUAUGUACCGCCCCUUUUCUCGACACAAGCUUAAAAACUGUUACUAUUCUUGAACCCUUUUGACUACAGGCAUAAUCCUGGUCUCUUCUGAAAGGUAACCCUUUGGGGUUUGAGAAUUACUCAAAAUAUUACUGAAACAAAUUACAGAAGCUCAAAGUGAAAGUUUUUUUCUCAUUGAAAAGAUUUUCUGUUUUUGACUGAAAAUGCUUUUUAGUCGUCACUUCAAUAACAUGCCCGUAGUCGGUUCUUUGAUGAGCUGAAGUUGGGGAUGGGGGUAACACAUUUUCACUGCAACUAAAUUACAAAUACUGAGACGGUUGUACUUGGGCUCAUUGUGUUCGGGAGAGCCUAUCCAAAACGUAGAUAAUAGCAUUGCUGUGUACAAGUACUUUCGUAGAAGUAUACAUGGCUAAACGGACAAUUAUAAUUCCUCCAAAGAAAUUAGGGUUAGUAAGUAAAUAAUGGGCAUUCUAUUAACGUUUGCAGAUUUUCAGAAUGAGACAAUAUUAUGCAUUUGGCCCGCUGGACACGUAGUGAAAAGGACACUGACAAAAUGCAGAGAACGCAAGGUCCCCCCACACUUCUUAUACCACCCACAUGUUACAAAAUAAGGAACUGUUGUUGCUAAAGCAAUGGCAAGUUAAAAUAGGUUAUACAGAUAGAACCAUGAGUUUUAAUGCUUUCAAAUGGUAUAUCACAGUGAUUGAAAAUUGCCGGCUGAAAAUACAAUAAUAAAUAUGAAAUAAAUGCUAAAAAAAACAGGUGAGACUUAAGGGGUUAACUACAGUGUGCUUGUGUGUGUGCGUGCUUGUGUGUGUGUGCGCGUUUGUGUGUUUAACUUUUAAGAAAAAUAUAUGAAAUGCACUUUAAAUGUCAAACAAUUAUGUUACAAAAUUAUGAUGUACUUGAGAUUACAAGUCAUUUAGUUUCUAGAAAUCAUUUGAUUAAUUCAGAAAAUUAGAACAAAAAAUAAGGUAAUUUGAUCCAGUCUAAAAAUUAUCUUCUCUCAAAACAAUGGUUAACCUUGAUAGGUACAGGACUGAUGAUAAAUCAUAACCAGUUUUGUUCUUGGUAAUGGAAUUCAAUUGCUAAGGAGCUUCACCUGUUACCAAAGGUUGCUUGAUAAAAUACAAAUUUAAGAUGUGAUGUUUUGCCAAAGAGCCGAUUAGUAAAUCAGAUUUAACCUAGCUAAAAUGUUAAGUCGAGUGAACCAACUUGUGUAAAAUAAUUCCCGAUGAAUGCCAUCUAUGUGAUAUACAGUACUGUAUAUCAUGUUGCUCCUCCCAAAAAACUUAUAUUAAUAUAAAACUGAAGUCAGGAAAGUUAAAUUUUAAUCCACCAACUAUCGUUUUUCAGGAAGUUAGUGCCUUCUUUCAUGCCAGUACCAUUUCACUUUUGAAGGUCCAGAGAACUAGCUGUAGUUUCUGUUUAUUUAUUCUGAUGCUUAAGGAGAGGUUGUACAUUUACAAUUUUGCUCAGAGCAAGAAUCCAGUCUAACUCAACUACCAAUAACCCAUAAAAGUGAAGCAUUCCGUUUACUGAAGGCAUACAAUUUCAAGAUUAAUAUAUGUGGUAUAUGUGUGGUAUAUUUGCAGGAUAUUCCCACACAUCAUAUGGUCCAUUUGCGUUAUGUGCUCCCUUCCUCGGCAUAUGAGGGAAAUGGGAAUGGUCACGUCUGUGUUACGCCAACUUUGUUUGUACUGAAAAUGUAUAUUCUGAUAUCACACCAAGGCAAUGAACUAUAUAUAAGGUUUGGUUUUUCAAGUUAAUACAUGAAGAUACAGUAGAUAUACCUCUACAAUGUUUUUAAAAGGGUAUGGCUAAAGUGUGUAUAUGCAGCUUAGUGUGCUGUGAGAGCUAGUGGUGUUGAACCAGGAAACCGUGCAGCCCCCUAGCACACAAAUUCCAACAAGACACAUUUAUUCAGAUGAGGAAAAGGCCAAAGUCUGUUGCAUAGCCAACAAAGCUUCUUCUUUUACAAACUGUAGGGGCAGUGUCACCCUUGGCAUUACACACAGAUGUGACAAUAGAUGUGGAGCCCUGUUGCAAAGCUCAAAGCUCCCAAAUCAAGCUCUCAUGAUACUCUUACUUGUGUAUGCAUACUUUUUUUACACCUCAGUGCAGUGUUCUGACCACUGAUGCCUUAAAGUCCAAAAAUAUAUGUUAAAAACAUUUUUAACAUCUGAUUUUGCACUGUUUCUUUUAUAUAUUAUUGUUGGGAGCAUUUUGAAAUUAAUUGAAUUAAAAUACAUAUGAAACAUUUGA